AUGAGUGCUGCCUCCACUCCUGUCUCCCGUAUGAGCCAAGCAUGGAUGUCAUCUAUGAAGAAUAAGGCCAUGGCACCAGCAGCAUGUAGUACACCGCUGCUUGCCGCCUUCCCUGGCAAUGAUGAUGAAAAGGAGAGACGUCAGCGCAGAAGGUCUAGAGUAAUUGACCUUCAAACUGCUACGGAAUCUUCCUUGAAUGAAUCUGGACAUCAUAGUCCUGCAGGGACACCAGCUGCUGUGCCCAAAUUGUCCAAUGCUCAAAUCUCAGAGCAUUACUCGACUUGUAUCAAACUCUCCACUGAGAAUAAAAUUACAACCAAAAAUGCCUUUGGUCUACAUCUUAUUGAUUACAUGGCUGAUAUUCUUAAGCAGAAAGAUUCAGAACUCACAAAUUUCAAGGUGGCAGCUGGGACACUUGAUGCCAGUACCAAGAUCUAUGCUGUUCGGGUUGAUGCAGUUCAUGCUGAUGCCUACAGAGUUCUUGGUGGUCUUGGCGCAGAAACCAAACCAGGAGAAGAUCAUGAAAUAAAAGAUGAAGAGCAAAAUGAAGACACUGAGGUGACUGCCAAACAGCCAAAGAAGAAACGACCUCCAAAGAAGACAGUGGAGCAGAACCCGAGCAACUUAAAUUGUGCUGAGUCUGAGAGGAAAUGUGAAGUUGACCCCAUGCUUCAUCGCAUGGCGUCAUCUUUUGACGAGAGUAGCACGGCUGGGGUCUUCUUAUCUGUCCUCUUCAGUGAAAACAGUCGCUGCGAGCUGCUCUUUCCUUCAAGCAUGAUCCUUCUUCAGUCCACACCCUCAUACUCUCCACCGCCUGCAAUGGCGGUCCCUGCAUUGCCAUUUAUGUCUGGACUGCAGCGAUCUCAGGAGAAAAGUGACAUCUGCCCCUCUCUGCAGGACUUUUCCUUCACAAGCUGGAAUCCCGAGCAGACAAUGAACCAACUUUUGGAGAAAAUGAAGCAGGGUGAACACGUUUUUGAUGUCAAUGCUGAGCCUGAACCAGAAGUUGAAGAAGAUGAUUACCCUGAAUUUGAUGGCGACUACGAGGAGGGACAGGGUGAAAAAGAAGGGCCAAGAGAACAUAAAGAUGGUUGUGUAGCUUCAAGCUCUGGAAAAGGACGUGAUGUGAUACCCAUUGGAGAAGGCGAUAUCACAACUAUGUGUCUGCAGCUUUCCUCUCAGCCCAGAGAGUAUUCGUACUUCAGUCCAAGGACAAUGGCCACAUGGGCCGGACCAGGCUACUGGCAGUUCAAGCCAAAGCAUAAGUUGGAUCAUUUGCCUGACAAGGAGACGCGGAAAAAGAAGCCCAAAAAAACCAUCGAAAUAGACUUCAACGCUGAUGUCAACUUUGACACCUAUUUCCGUACCACAAGAGCCGCCACAACUCUCAACAAGUCGGCCCUAAGUUCCAACAACAAAAAAACAAUUCUCCCAGCAGACUUCCAGUUUCCCCCAGAAAGCCUCUCCCAACUCAGCCUUAAAUCAUCAGUGUCGUUAUGCCAGGAAGCGCAGAAGAGGCUGUCUGGAGAGCUUACGGAAGGCAUUGGCGACUAUGAUUACAACAAUGCCAACGAUAAAAACAACUUUUGUCCAGGUCUUCAGGCUGCCGACAGUGACGAUGACAUGGAAGGGUUUCCAGACUCUGACGAGACACAACCUUCAGGUGAAAAUUUUCCACCUCCCUCACACGAAGGUGUCUCGACCUACGGCGACGAAGAUCUCGUACCUGAACCAUAUAGGGUCAACAAAAUUGAGAUCAACUAUGCCAAGACAGCCAAGAAAAUGGACAUGAAGAGGCUCAAGAGCAGCAUAUGGACUCUUCUUACUGAAAGUGAAGAAAACCCCACAAAGGAGGUGGAUGUUACAGAAAACCCUGGGGUUUGCGGGGACAAAGUCUUCAGCCAGACCACAAAGACACUACUUCAAAGACUUCCCAGCACAAUGGCUCAGAACCUGUCAGUACCUUUGGCGUUUGUUGCUUUGCUCCAUCUUGCAAAUGAAAAGAAUUUGGAGCUAAUGAAGGUUGAUGACAUGUCAGACAUCAUCAUCAGGCAAGGCCAUUGA